AAAACCCCCCCGGGACCCCCCGCGGGGCGGCCGCCAUGGCGCUGAUCGCCUUCCGCCGCGCGGGGGAAGCGGAGCCGCCGCCGCCGCCGCCGCCCGAGGCCUCGGCCGAGCCCGGGGCGGCCGCGCGGAGCUUCUACGAGCGGCUGCUGAGCGAGGGCGGCGGCGCGGAGCCGGCCCGGGAGCCGCGCAGCCCCGCCCACUUCUGCCGCAGCUGCGGGGCCUCGUACCGGGACCCCCCGGAGCGGCACCGCCGUUCCACCGCGCACCUGCUGGGGCUGCGCCCGCCCCCCGGGCCCGGGCCCGCUCCCACUUCCGCUUCCGCUCCCACUUCCGCUUCCGGUCCAGCGCCCACUUCCGGUCCCGCGUCUGUUUUCGGUCCCACUUCCGCGUCCGUUCCCGUUGUCGGUUCCG